GCGGGUAAUAAGAGGAAGUUUGUGGAGGAGACCUCAAGCAAAGUCAAGGAGGAGAGCUCGUGCAAAGGGAAAGAGGCUAGAACGAAGAUGGUUCCGCAGGAGGAGCAUAUGGAGAUUGCUCUGAUCGGCGACUUCGUUAUGUUGCAAAAGGAGAUCGGUAAUUGGGAUACUUUAACUUGCUCGGUUUAUGAAUUAUGGCAGGAGCUCGCUCGGUGGCAAGAUCUCGGUAUUUUGGGAGAUCCUAAUGUAACUUGGCCAUUUGAAACUCUCAACGGCUCGGUUAAUGAAUUGAAGCAAAAGGAGCUCGGCUAUCCGCAUGUUGUAGCUCGGUUAUGUGACUGUGACAGGAGCUCGGUCGACCGAAGGAUCCAACCAGAGUGCGGUAAUUUUGAUUGUCCGAAUGAGCUCGGUAAUCUAACCAUUGUGCGGAUAAGGAAUCACAGUAGUAGCUCGGUGAUUAGGAUGUUUGGGUCGGAGCUCGGCCAAUCAUAUUCAUCGGAGCUC